CAUCCCCCUCACCCUCCUCCUCAUGAUGAUCGAUCCCCAGAAGCGUAAGGGUCCGGACCUUCCGCUCGUGCCCCUGAAGCGGCCUCGGCCGGAGCUGCUGCUGGGCGCGCAGGGCCCGGGCCCGGGACAGGCCCCGCCGGGGGGACCGCAGCCGCAGGGGCCAACGGCCGCCCUCAUGCAGCCGGGCCCGCCGCGAUGCUCCUCUCUCCAGGCCCCCAUCAUGCUGCUGUCCGGACACGAAGGGGAAGUUUACUGCAGCAAGUUCCACCCCAAUGGCUCCACGCUGGCCUCGGCGGGCUUUGACCGGCUGAUCCUGCUGUGGACCGUGUACGGAGACUGUGACAACUAUGCCACGCUCAAGGGCCACAGCGGAGCCAUCAUGGAGCUUCACUACAACACAGACGGCAGCAUGCUCUUCUCAGCCUCCACAGAUAAGACUGUGGCAGUGUGGGACAGCGAGACUGGGGAGAGAGUGAAGCGACUCAAAGGCCACACGUCCUUUGUGAACUCCUGCUACCCUGCCCGCAGGGGCCCCCAACUCGUCUGCACGGGCAGCGAUGACGGCACCGUGAAGCUGUGGGACAUCCGGAAGAAGGCGGCUGUGCAGACGUUCCAGAACACCUACCAGGUGCUUGCCGUGACCUUCAACGACACCAGCGACCAGAUCGUAUCUGGGGGCAUAGACAAUGACAUCAAGGUAUGGGAUCUGCGCCAGAACAAGCUGAGCUACACGCUGAGGGGCCACGCGGACUCGGUGACUGGCCUCAGCCUGAGCUCCGAAGGCUCCUAUCUAUUGUCUAACGCCAUGGACAACACCGUGCGGAUCUGGGAUGUGCGCCCAUUUGCCCCCAAGGAGCGAUGCGUCAAGAUCUUCCAGGGGAAUGUCCACAACUUUGAGAAGAAUCUCUUGCGCUGUGCUUGGUCCCCGGACGGGAGCAAGAUUGCUGGUGGCUCAGCAGACAGGUUUGUGUACGUGUGGGACACCACGAGCCGGCGGAUCCUGUACAAGCUUCCUGGCCAUGCCGGCUCCGUCAACGAGGUGGCCUUCCACCCCGACGAGCCCAUCGUCUUGUCUGCAUCUAGUGACAAGCGUCUCUACAUGGGCGAGAUCCAGUGAUGCCUCCGCAGGGACCCUCAGUAGCGAGGGGCUGGGGGGCCCCCACCCUCGGCUUCCUCUCCUGAUGACUCGAUGGCCACGGCCGCCUGCUGCCAUUGGACAAGCCCCACCCAUCUUCGCCCAUUUAGGGCACGGCCCUUGUCUCAGACUGACCGUGGCUCCUGGCCCUACAAGCCCCAUGGCUGAAGACGUGCUUGGGGCGUGGUGUGCGUGUGCAAGCGUGUGCGCGUGCGUGCGUGUGUGUGUGUUCAUCCAACCUCCCAGCCUCUUCAGAGCUGGACCGUGCUCCCUGGAACAAUGUUUUUCUACACAAAUAGAAGAUGUUUGCAGAA